AUGCGUUCAGUUUGCUUGUGUUAUGUACUAGCGAUUACUUCUUUACUUAGUAUUCAAGCCGCCCAUGCAGCAGGAAGAAGAAACAAGGAACUAGUGAUAGAGAAAGCUAAAACAUGUCAAACCAAUAAAACCGAUUCAUUUUUGAUCAAAUUUACCGUUCCGGCCAACUUCUCUUCAAGCAACAACGUGGUGCGGUUUUAUGGGAACUUUUCCGUCUUGCAACAGAUUCGACCCCCACUGGAGAUCACACUCAUAGCUUAUCGAUGUACGCUUGAUCUGCAAAACUGCCAACGGUACAAUGCGCUGCAGGUGCCAAAAAUAUGCUCAUUUUUAUCCGACACCAACUCCUUCUGGUCGCCGUUUGUGCGCAGCAUCCAACCAACAGUGAAAUGUCCAAUACAACCGGCAACAUACAUCUUUACGGAUGCAGCAUUAGAUUUAAGCUUUUUUACCAGCUUCCCGCUGGAUGGGUACACCUGGCAAGUAACGAUGAAAUUGUACUCCACCGCUAACACACCGAAGAAGGAGGUGUUCUGUUUCGCUGCUCAAGCUACUUUGAAGAGAGUUCGGAGUACUUAG